UUUAAUUAGAAUUACAAGAAAUCGAUGAUUGGCUUCCUGCUCCCCUUUUUAACCCUUUUUCCAUCUAAUUGAAACGAAAAGAUUCAAUGUCGACAAAAAAUAACAGCAAACAAUCCUGGUGAGCGAACUUUGUGCCUUAUUGUGACGUAAUUAUUAGUCUUUGUUAACCAUUUUUAGACAAACGGAAAAGUCUCAAUUCAAUAAGGAUGACGAUAUAUUGGUUUGGUACGACUAGAAAAUACCAUUGCUUAAUACCAGCCAUGUCGAACGUAACGUCUUUUUGAAUAUGAAAAUCGCAUUUAGUGGCGUGGCAGCUCAUGCUCGUCGAAGAUACAAAGUCCGAGGGGAACUUUUUGGAGCUAUAAAAAGAUGAUUGAAGACGAUACCUAAGACGAGGGAACACCGAUGAAAUUAGCGACCCCUCGAAAAGUCAGACUCAGCGUAAUUUAUUCAUGGGAACCGUUCGAUGUAAUAGCUAACGAAACCGCGCAUGAAGGAAAGCAGUGGUAGCAUUCACGAGGAGUGCGCAGAACACAAAAAAUGGCCGAAUUUCUACGUCAAAAGGACCUCGAACAGACUUCCUCACAACUUACUUGUCCAGGCCCUGCGAUCUGCUUUCUAGUUUUCUAUGGUUCCGCUGCGAUUCUGCGCCGACAAGCCCUUCACACCACCCGCUAGCCUCUGAAUCUUCUCCGCCUACAUUCACCCGAGAGCGAGAAGGAAAACGAAGUGAGCCCCUAAAUUCGAUUUCGAAGAGAGCGUGCUUUCUUCCAUCCUGAGACUCUGGCUCGACGCUGGAGCGCGAAAGAGCUCGCGCCACUGUAAUGGCCUCAGAAAUUUGGCGAGCAAUAUCUCUCACAGUGGGGCUAGGUAGCUGUCUCAGCGCAGACAGCCAGGAGGCCGAUAGCUCAAUUGUGGCUCCGAAAAUGGUGAAAACAUUUCACGAAUAUCUGGCGCAUUGCCACAGAACAUAUUCAUGCAUCCACUGCCGAGCACACCUCGCCAGCCAUGAGGAAUUAAUCUCAAAGUCCUUCCAGGGAAGCCAAGGUCGGGCCUAUUUAUUCAACUCUGUAGUGAACAUCGGUUGUGGACCUGCGGAGGAGCGGUUCCUCUUGACGGGUCUGCACGCCGUUGCUGAUAUCCACUGUGAAUCCUGUAAGACCACGCUCGGCUGGAAAUACGAGCAUGCAUUCGAGACAUCGCAAAAGUACAAGGAAGGCAAGUACAUUAUUGAAUUAGCUCAUAUGAUCAAGGAAAAUGGCUGGGGUGCGAAUGAAGAAUGACCCGGGCUGGGCGUGCGAGCCCGUGGAAGGUCGUGUCCACCGCGCCUCACUACCGAUUCACCGUCACCGGGUCCACCCUCAGGAACCCAGCAGCACUCCUCAGCGCCUGAGGAUCUCUGCAGUCCAUACUAAAAGUAUGAUUUAUCCGCAGCUAAAAUACAAACGGCUAUUAUUACCAUGACGUUUAAAAAGUACUACACAUGGCGACGGUGUCAGUGGAAAAAAAUAUUUUUAUCGGACGUGACCACUUUGUUCCGGAUCGCCUGGCCAUCAAUUCAGGAUUUCAGAGGUAGAAACACUGGCAGUGAAAACACGCCGAAAGUCAUUGCAGAAAUGUGCGCUUUAUCGAUACCUACAAGCGAUAAAUAUAGUGUCCUGGUGAUUUUCGUCGUGACUUUUGUCAACAAGCGGUAAAAAUGGCUCCCCGACUUGCCAACGGAAAAUGCCAUGAGACGAGAGUGAGAGAAACGAUGUGCUAAUUAGAACUCUUGUUAUUAAGAGUCCUACCUCUUUUUUAUGUGGGACCUGCAUCGACAUGGUGUAAGCAGCUGGGUCGCAGAGGCGAGGUCGACAAACAAAUCUUCUGAUGUUUCGUUGGUAAAGUUACUGUCGAGUAAUUUGAAUGAUAUUACGCACCAGGUUAGAAAAAAAAACAUGAGGAAUAUGCCGUCAACGUGAUAGAACCUCGGGAAUGCGCCCACGUACACAACCUACCCCAUAAAAACAGUUGACCUCAUCAAUCAUUCAGAACUGUUCAUGAUAUUAUUACUACUACUAGCCAGGCUUGUAUUCCAGGAUCGUAAUUGUAAAAUUAUCCUUUGACUAUUAGUUCAUCUAUCGUCAAGGCCUUAUAUAAGGUGUCACUGUGUGUACCUUGUGUACGGUGUUGAUGCUACAAUAUAUCAUAUUGUUAUCGUUGAGAUUUGCUUCCUACAACGUAGAUCGCACCAGACGAUCGAACCAGAGUACAAGCCCUGCGCUAAUCCUACACAUUUAGUAGAUACUGCGACUGAGGUCUAUGCAUACUUCAGUGCAAAGUCAAAACCUUUUACCCAAAUCAGUAUGUACCAAAUCUUCGAUUCCUGAGUUCUUUACUCCAGAAGCCUUUGCAUCCUACAUUUGUAUCCGUUUUACCACAUACUCCUAUGAUUAAUUACACACCUAGACACAGACCCACUAACCUAUUUUCUAUCCCCACUCACAGCAACAAACAAUAAUUGAGCAAACUGUGAUCAUUUUGUAUAGACGGAAACGAGGAUUAUGCCAGCGAGAGACACCAAACCUAAUGGCGGUCAAAAAACUGGUUGAAGUACACAACGAGAUUGUUGCUGAGUGAGUUGUCGUUUUAUAUUGGCUGAGCUAGACCAGCCAUUGGUAGUUGCUGAAAGAAGUAACUCACGCAAUUUUUCAAGUCGAUCGCCAUGUAUGGGAUUGUCACUCAGCAUUGAAAGCCAUCGCUGCGAUGAAACGAACAGAUGAUGAACUAAAUAACUUUAAUCAUUACAAUGAAAAAUAUAGAAAGCUUUUGGUGAAUGAACACAGCGAGCGCGGCAGAAGAAUCUGACGAUUAUGAAUCAGUGGCAGUUGUUGAAAGAUCAUAGCAAUGCUGAUUCUAAUUGUUAUGGUUACAAUAAUAAUGGCCCAAGGAUGAACAGGACAUAUUCGGCGUGCGAUAUGUCUAGCUGGAAACAACAGGACGGAACGAAUAUAGGACAAAACGCGCGAGAAAUAGAAGCUAACAGGCUAUGUAUGCAUGUCUGACAGGACAGCAGUACGUGAGCGAAAGGCCUGCUCACGCAGGUGAUCAUGGGCGAUGAUGGGGUGAUUACUGAGUAGACUUCAACGAUGAGGGACAUAUGAAACAUGAGUGUUGGUCGCCAUUUCUAGAGCACCAAUACAUAUUCCACACCUGCUACAGCUUCUAUUAUACAAUAACUAUCAAAUCUUGUGUAAUAUCAGACACCAACGAUCGUGAUAAUUAAUUGAUGCAAAGAAGUAAACCUGUGCAGGCUUUGUAGACAUUGAAAGCCUUAUGAUUCUUUGGCCACUCCGUCAAAUUCAAGGGUUAAAUGCAAGCAUGAAGGUAAUACAAAUAACCAGCGAGUAGUCUGCCGGGACCGAACACAAAGAAUUUUCACUACGAGGGACAUCAAAAUGAGGCGUGCCUUCGCGGAAGAUGUGGCUAAAUACUGAGACGAUAUUUAGGACACCAUUUUGCUUGCUGUCUAUUUAAGCGCGCCGCUUUGCAAUGUCCAGGCAAAUCAUUUAGGGUUCGCAAGUGAUCGCGGCCUGCGACGCUGGCCACUGGACCGAAUAGAUUACAAAUGAUAUGCCGUUGUAUUUCCGUGCAUUUGACAAGCAUCGACCGAGCCGAAAAUAUGGUGAAACUUUUUCAAAGGCGGGGGAAAUUUCGUUUUAGGUAGUGUGUAAAUGAGACUGAGGCACUGACGACGGGUCUGAAAACGAUGGUGGACGGAUUAUUUUUCUUAGACUUCAGCUUGAAUUAGUAUGAUUAUUAUUAGGUGCUGCAUCGAAUCGUUCCAAUAGCGGAGCGACAGUCCCUGUCGCUCAAAAUUAGUUUAACAAAGGUGCAUGUUUUUUCGAUUUUACAAAAGAAAAAUAUGUAGAGUAAGUGUCCUUUAUGUAGAUAUAAAGAUGCCGAAUUCGCUGACGAAACUUACUUGCUAAAAAUUCCGCCCAAAAUUGAUUAAGAAGUGCGCUCGCGGUAGUGAAAUGCCUUCUGCUAUAUCUACUUUCAGUCUUUAUCGUGUGCAUUAAUCGUUAUGGCCAUGUACUCUAAUAAUCAUAAUAAUGAUAAACUAUGAUUACUGCGAUGACCCGGUCACGCCAAAAGUAUUUUUCGAAUCGGUUUGCUUGGGCUGGCAAACUUGCUUUUUCAUCGUACGGUGCAUAUGCUACUGGCCCCCAUUGGCCGAAUCGACACUGGGUGUAACCCAAACCCGCGUUUUUCUUUGAGCAGGAAAAGGGCUCUUGCUUUUUUUCCUUUUUUUGGACUUGCAUCCA